AUGGGCAUUGUAAUACGCCCUAUCACUGCAGCAGACAUCCCGUCGGUGGUGGAAUGCAUCCAGUUGGCAUUUGCAGAUGAUCCCUAUCACCUGUGGGCCUUUGACGCCGCAAAGUUCAACAAGGAGCGCAACUUUGCCAGUCUCAAGGCAAAAUGUGAGUGGGGGAUGCGCAAUGCACUGUUUUUCGUGGCCGAGGAUCCAGAGGACAAAGAUGGCAGAGUGCUGGGAGUGAGCAUGUGGAUGAAGCCGAGAAAUGUCAGUCAGAAGCAGACGUGGUCCGAGUGGAUCGACGACUACAUCCUCUGGUUCAAGCAGGGCUGGAAUCUGUUCAGGUUCCAAGGACGUGGCGGGUUGAGGACGGAUCGGUAUUGGAUCUGGAAGCGCGAGCAGGCCAUUGCCCAGUCGGAAAUCUGGACCGACCCCGAAGGAUACUACUUCUGCAACAUUGUCACCGUCAGGCCAGGCAUCCAGGGCAAAGGAAUCGGUCGCCAGCUCUUCGGGAUUGUCACCGACAUGGCCGACAAGGAAGGGCGCCGGUGCUAUCUCGAGUCCUCCAAGGAGAAGCCCAACAUAGCAAUCUAUGAGAAGAUGGGCUUUCGACUGGCCCGAAAGAUGGUCUGCGAAGAGGGAGGGGACGUCUGCGACCUCUUCUGCAUGGUCAGAGAACCGCAAUCCAAGCCGUGA